AUGUCUAGACUCAUUAGAUCACAGAAAACCUCCCACACUGAGAGCAUCGUGUUUUGUAAACGGUGUUUUACAUCAUUUGAUGACAGAAGGCAUACAUAUAAGUUGAGUGGUAUGAAAGCAUUAGAACAGCAUAAAUUAAUUUGUGGGACACACAAACCUAUUCUACCCGUGAUGCCGAAAGAUGGGGACUGCGUUAAAUUCAAUGCGUGGGGAAAUACAGAUAGACACCCAAUUGUCAUAUAUGCAGAUUUUGAAGCGCUGCUUCCGAAGAAAUAUGAGGAGAAGGGGGGAAAUACAAGGAUAAUAAAUAAUCACGAAGCGAUGAGUUAUGGGUUUUUAGUGAAGGCGAGUGAUGACGUACCGGCUAGUCUUUUGAAGGAGCAUGGCAUACCGACGGGGCCGGUAAUUUAUCGUAGAAAUGAAAACAAACCGCACGUUGCAAAACAUUUUUUGGGGAAGAUUGUGGAAGUGGGGAAGAAGAUUGAGAAGUUGUUAAAGACGAACGUACCAAUGAUUAUGACGGAAGAUGAAGAAAAAAUAUUUUCAGAGUGUAAGGAGUGUAAUUUAUGUAAAAGAGCCGUAGAAGGAGUCGAUAAAGUUAGAGAUCACAACCAUCUGACGGGUAAAUUUAGGUAUACUUUGUGUUUAGGAUGUAACCUAAAGUUACAGCAGCCCAAAUUUAUCCCGUGUUACUUCCAUAACCUCUCUAAUUACGACUCUCACUAGAUCAUUUUUGAACUCGGUUUCGAUACCAAUACUAUUUACGUUAUUCCGAACAGUGAGGAGAAAUUUAUUUCUUUUUCUAAAUAUAUAAGCAAUACUUUCACUAUCCGGUUUAUCGACACUUUCCGUUUCAUGGCGUCGAGCUUGGGGAAACUGGCAUCAAACUUAAUCACACCACCGCUUGAAAAUUUCCGUGAGACAGCUAAACAUUUUGUCACUGAAGAUAUGAAACUAGUCACUCGUACAAGACAAUGGAAUCAAAAAGAAAGAGAAUGAAAAUAGAG